AUGGAGUUCAUCGUUGUGAAACUCACAUGUGCCCAUAACAUCAUACUGGGGAGGCCGGCUCUGGAAGAUUUGAAGGCGAUAAUUUCGAUGGAGCAUCUGUGCAUGAAGUUUCCCACGCCAUACCGGAUAGGAGUUGCGAGAGGAGAUCAAAGAGCAGCUCGUAGCUGCUACGUCAAAGCGUGCAAGAAAAUUGGACAGAAAGAUCUGCAGGUCCACACCAUCGCAGAAAAAGUGCUGAGAGAAGAGGAGGGCUGGCCCCGCGCCGAGCCUGCAUCUGAAACAGAAGACGUGGUGGUUGAUCCUGCACGAGCAGAUAGGGUUGUAAAGAUUGGUACUGGGUUGGCACCCGAACUAAGAGCCCAGAUAGUCGAAGUCAUCCGACAGUUUAAAGAAGUUUUUGCGUGGGGCCCAGAAGACAUGCCAGGUAUCAAUCGAAACAUCAUAACUCACAAGUUAGCCGUGGACCCUACCAAGAGACCAAUACAACAAAGAAAGCGAUAUAUGUUGGCUGAACGAAGGGACUUUGUGAAAAACGAGGUGUUCGCGUUGACACAGGCAGGACAUGUCAAGGAGAUCUAUUAUCCCGAGUGGUUGAGCAACAUAGUCCUGGCCCCAAAAGGCUCCACAUGGAGAAUGUGCGUGGAUUAUACAGAUCUCAACAGAGCAUGCCCUAUGGAUCGAUUCCCCUUGCCAAACAUAGACCAGCUGGUAGAUGAGAUGGCAGGAUAUAUUNUACACGACGCAGAACUACGGUACACUGCCGUGGAGAAAACAGUGUUUGUUGCGGUCACCGCCUCUAAAAGGUUGGCCCAUUACUUCCAAGCUCAUCCCAUCCAUGUACUCUCACAUCAACCAUUGGGGAGUUUCUUACGGAACACUAACUCUGCUAGGAUGGCGAGAUGGGCCAUGCACCUCAGCCAGUUCGACAUUGAAUUCAAACCAAGGCCCGCCAUCAAAGGUCAAGCUCUUGUAGACUUCAUAGUGGAAUGCACAGCCCGCGAGGUGACGGAGCAGGUGGAAAAUGAAGAUGGGGGAUGGUGGACCUUGUCUACGGAUGGCUCAUCCAACAGUAAAGGUUGCGGUGGUGGAGUAGUGCUCAUCACUCCGGAAGGAUUCCGCGCUUACUAUGCAAUCAGGUUCCACUUCAAGUUAUCUAACAAUGAGGCAGAGUAUGAGGCCCUCCUCAACGGACUGCGGUUAGCAGCAGGACUACGAGCAGAAAAAGUUCGCAUCCGGUGUGAUUCCAAGUUAGUGGUCGGCCAGGUGACGGGGGAGUACGAAGCCAAUGAAGGGAACAUGCAAAGAUACAGGGACGCAGUGCUGCGAACCUUGCGAGAAUUCGAGGGGUAUGAAAUUCACCAAGUACCUCGAGAACAGAAUGCUGACGCUGACAUGCUCUCCAAGCUGAGCACUGGGAUCCCUGGCCACAUUCGUAAGAUUGCUCGGGUUGAGGAUUUGGAGACAUCCAGCAUCGAUAUCUCAUGGGUCUGCCCCGUGCAAUCCAGAGAGCCAUGUUGGAUUGACCACAUCACAAAGUACAAGAAGGAAGGCACUUUACCAGUGGACGAGCAAGAUGCAAAGCUAACAAGGUUGCGGGCACCCAGCUACGUGAUAUUGGAAGACAAGUUGUAUAAACGAUCCUAUAAUGGCACACUCUUGAAGUGUGUGUACCCUGACGAAGCAAAGCUGAUGAUGAGAGAAGUCCACGAAGGAGUGUGCUCCGCGCAUCAAGGAGCAUACACCAUAGCUCGACGCAUCAUGCUGCAAGGUUUCUUCUGGCCAAAGAUGUUGAAGGAUUGCGCAGAAUACGCCAAGCGAUGCCCUAAGUGUCAAGAGUUCCAGACAUUGCCAGGACGACCCGCAACCAACUACACUCCGGUGAGCACAGCAAUUCCAUUCUCGAGAUGGGGAAUAGACUUGGUAGGAGCCCUUCCCACGGGCUCGGGAAGCCGGAAGUACAUUAUCGUAGCCAUUGACUACUUCACCAAAUGGGUGGAAGCUGAACCGCUGGCUAGUAUCACAACAGCCAGGUGUAAAAAGUUCGUGGAGAAGAACAUACUGUGCCGCUUCGGCAUCCCCAUCCAACAUAGUCGGGUGGCGGUGUCAUACCCACAGGCAAAUGGUCAGGUAGAGAAUGCCAAUAGAACCAUCCUUGAUGGUUUGAAGAGGAAAUUGGAAGCAGCUGGCGGGGCGUGGGUUGAAGAACUGGACAGCAUCCUUUGGACCUAUCGCACAACCCCAAGGAGGGCUACGGGUGAAACUCCUUUCGCAUUGAGUUACGGGUUCGAAGCUAGAGCUCCAGCAGAGGUGAUGAUACCAAGUAGAAGGAUGGGAGAGUACGAGGCAGAGCAAAAUGAGAUCCAACAGGGAACCGAUCUCAAUUUCAUAGAUGAAAGGCGAGAAGCUGCGUUCUGUAGGAUGGAAAACUACAACAGGCAGUUGAAGUCCUAUCAUGACGCCAAAGCUAAACUCAGGUACUUUCAAGUAGGUGAUUAUGUUUUGAGAAGAAGGGAAGCUAGUCAACCCUUGGAAGGAGGCAAGUUCGCGAAAAAAUGGGAGGGUCCGUACAUCAUUGACGAAGUGAUUCGCCCAGGAACUUACAAGUUGACGAUAGUAGGUGGCAGGUUGAUUGAUAGGAUAUGGAAUUCAGAACACUUAACAAAAUUUUAUCAUUAG